UUAUUCCAAGGAACAGUUUGGAAAGAAGUAGCUGCACAUUACAACGAAAAAACCGUGAUUCCACACUAUAUAUAUUAUGACGAGUUUGGCGUAGGAGAUCCUCUGUCCCCUGCAGCAACUUUACAUAAAAUGGAUGGUCUCUGUUAUUCCAUUGCGGCUUUACCACCAAAAUUAUCAUCUAAAUUUGAUACCGUUUUAUUAGCUCAACUGAUUUAUAAUUCCGAUUAUAAGGAAUUCAAAAAUGCAAAAUGUUACUGUAAAGUAAUAAGCGAAUUAAUACCAAAAGUACGCAACCCCGGGAAAGGGGUUUUGCAAAACCGAGGCGAAGCCGAGUUAUUAUUUUUGUCGUUUUUGUUGAGCUUCCAAAGAAGCACAAAAACAGUUUACGGAAUUAAAGAAGAGUGUGUCUUCAAUAGUAUUUCAAACUUUCACAAUAUUAAAAGUUUAACGUGUGACAUACGACAUGAUUUUUAUCUGGAUGUAUGUCGAUAUGAUAUGGCUAGGAUAAUAAAAGGUAUAAUAUACUAUACUCUGAAUGACUUAAAUGAUCGGCUAAAAUAUUUUGACUUCUCUAAAGUUGACCACGGCAAUAAAAUUACUAAUAUAUCACAGAAACACAUUUCUCAAGGAUACAUAAUAAUUACCGGAGCAGAAAUGUCAUCAUUAGUUACGUAUUUUGGAAUAAUUAUUGGAGAUAAUUAUUCC